GUUUCAUCACACCACCUCCACCUUCUCCCUCUUGCAUGUGUUCUUAUUCUCAAUUGGUUUUGCAGAAGCCCGGUUAUAUAACCGAGAGGAGAAGGAGAGGAUGGGUAUUUUGGUGAUUUCACUUCUGGUGCAUGCACUCCUUGUCAGCGUUUGCGUUUGCGUUCACGGCGGCGGGGGAGGCAACUGGAUCAAUGCUCAUGCCACCUUCUACGGCGGCGGAGAUGCCUCCGGUACCAUGGGCGGAGCGUGCGGAUACGGGAAUUUGUACAGCCAAGGAUACGGCACGGAAACGGCGGCGCUGAGUACGGCGUUGUUCGAUAACGGACUGAGCUGUGGAGCUUGUUUCCAGCUCAUGUGCGUGAACGAUCCACAGUGGUGCAUACGUGGCACCUCCAUAGUCGUCACCGCCACCAAUUUCUGCCCUCCCGGCGGCUGGUGCGACCCUCCCAACCACCACUUCGAUCUCUCUCAACCGGUUUUCGAACGCAUUGCCCGGUACACGGCCGGUAUUGUCCCGGUUAUGUACAGAAGGGUGAGGUGCAAGAGAAGCGGGGGAAUAAGGUUCACGAUCAACGGUCACUCGUACUUCAACUUGGUGUUGGUGACGAACGUGGGUGGAGCAGGAGACGUACACUCUGUCUCGAUCAGAGGGUCCAGGACGAGAUGGCAGCUCAUGUCGAGGAAUUGGGGCCAAAAUUGGCAAAGCAACUCUUACCUCAACGGACAAAGCCUCUCCUUUGUCGUCACCACAAGUGACGGCCGAAGCGUUGUGUCUUACAACGUUGCCCCUCCUGGCUGGUCCUUUGGCCAGACCUAUACCGGUCGACAGUUCCGGUACUAGCUUAACCGGUUAUCGCUAUAAACCGAUGGGUUUUAUGGUUAUGGUAUUGCUAUUAAUGCAAGUUUUUUUUUGCGGUUCAAGGGUUUGGUUCUGGUUUUUUAUGAAGCCCUAGAAACUUGAACUGCUAUGCCAUGUAUCGAGUGAUAUAUAUAUGGUUGGAAGCAAAUUUUAUUACAAUGUUAGAAAAAUUAGGGAUUAUUUCCCGGUAUUAA